AUGUCUUUUUUAAUUUCAUUUAUUUCUGAUCCUGCAUUAAUUUGUCUGCUGUGUGCAGCAGUAUUAUUAGCUGUACUCUAUUUUUCAAAUGGCUAUAAAAAUUCAGCUUUUAAAUUUCCUCCUGGUCCAACUCCUCUUCCGAUCAUUGGUAACCUGCACUUGGUGGAUCUUAGAAGACAAGAUAAAUCACUAAUGAAGCUUGCGGAAAAAUACGGCCCCAUCUUCACCCUCCACUUUGGGUUCCAGAAAGUUGUGGUCCUGACCGGGUACGAAGUUGUGCGGGAGGCGCUUGUGAACUACACAGAGGAAUUUGUAGACAGACCAUCCAUCCCAAUAUUUGACCAAAUUCAGAACGGAAACGGUUUGUUCUUCUCUAUUGGGGAGCUGUGGAGAACAACUCGGAGGUUCACUGUAUCCAGCAUGCGCAACCUCGGCAUGGGGAAAAAAAUGAUAGAAGGGAGAAUUUUUGAGGAGCUUCACUUCCUUAUCGAGAUGAUCAAAUCCUUCAAAGGGGAACCUUUUAGCUUGACAUCCUUCAACUGUGCUCCAAUCAACAUCACCUUUGUCAUGCUGUUUGGGGACAGGUUUGACUAUAAGGACCCAACAUUUCUCACUCUCUUAAGACUCAUAGAUGAAGUUAUGAUUCUUCUGGGAUCUCCAUAUUUAAGCUAUUUCAAUUUCUACCCGUUCCUUGGAUUUCUUUUCAAAACCCACAAGAUUAUGCUUGGGAAAAUAGAAGAUGUGCGUGUGAUUUUAAGGCAAUACAUGAAGGCAAGCAGGGAGGAUAUCAAUGAGAACAGCGUGAGGAGCUACAUUGAUGCACUGAUAUUCAAGCAACAAGAGGAGAAAAACAAGAAAGACAGCCUCUUUCACGAUGACAACUUAAUAGCAUCCAUACUCGACCUGGUCAUGGCGGGAACAGAGACCAUAGCCACAACGCUCCAGUGGGCCAUCCUGCUGAUGAUGAAAUACCCAGAGAUUCAAAAAAAGGUGCAGGAGGAGAUUGGGAGAACAGUCAAAGCUGGAAGCUGGGCCACGUAUGAGGAUCGGAAGAACAUGCCAUUUACAAAUGCAGUGCUACACGAAGUGCAGAGGUUUAUUACCCUUCUGCCCCACGUUCCCCGCUGCACUGCUGUUGACACCCACUUCAGAGGCUACUUCCUUCCCAAGGGUAUAAUUGUAAUCCCGUCACUCACGUCAGUGCUGCUGGAUAAGACACAAUGGGAGACACCACACCAGUUCAACCCCAACCACUUCCUUGAUGCUGAAGGGAAUUUUGUAAAGAGAGAGGCUUUCCUGCCCUUCUCCACAGGGCGAAGAAACUGCAUUGGAGAAAGCCUCGCCAAGAUGGAACUGUUUGUCUUCUUCGUAGGAUUGCUGCAGACAUUUACUUUUCAACCCCAGCCAGGAGUUUCAGAGUCUGACUUGGACCUUACCGUCCCCCAAACGACUUUCACAUUAAGGCCUCAGCCUCAGGCAACCUGUGCUGUCGUGCGUGAAUAA